AUGCUGUGUAUCUCCUGGGCUUCGCUAUCCGUCGGUCUGCAAACCUACCCGGUAUUAGGAGAGAGCGUAAUUCUCAACGAUAUGGACUACGCCGUCCUCGCUGUGUUUAUCCUCGAGGCAGCGAUUAAAAUUCUAGCUGAAGGGCUCUACCCUUGGCGGUUCUUCACGGGUAAGGAGAUGCGAUGGAAUUGCUUCGACUUUGCCAUCAUUGUCAUGAGUCUGCCCAUAUGGGGGUCGGCUCUUGGUGGUAGCAGCAUCGCCAUUCUACGUAUGCUGCGACUCAUGCGUAUCAUGAAGCUGGUCAAGCGCAUUCCGCAGCUGUACAUGAUCGUUAUGGGGCUUAUCGGUGGGUUAAAGUCCAUCGGCUACAUUAUGCUGCUGCUCUUUCUUGUAUUUUACCUCUACGCCAUCUCGGGGAUGUACGCUUGGCAAAGCAACGACAGUUUCCACUUUCGCAGCGUCCCGAUUGCAAUGGUGACACUAUUUCGCAUGAGCACGCUGGAGAACUGGUCCGCGAUCAUGAAUAUUAACUACUUUGGUUGCGAUCGAUUCGACGGUGGCUACUACUCCAAUGACCCUGUCGCUGCAGCUAGCUUCCAGUACUGCAACGUCACCAGUUUGUAUGGUGCUAACGUCACCAGUAGUUCACUGGCAUCGCAGCGGGCACUGAACCAGGGGAUGGCGUCUCUCUACUUCAUCACGUUUAUCCUCAUCUCGGCCUUCGUCAUGCUGUCGCUCUUCAUCGGUGCCAUCACGAUGAGCAUGACCCAGAGUAUGGAGCAAAUGAAGAAGGCCCAAGAAGAAGUCGAGGCCAGAGUUCGAGCUGAAAAGGCUCGAAAGCGAGCGCUUGAGGCAGAACAACGAGCUCGUGAGGCGGCGAAGAAACGGGCUCAGGGCGAGAAAGAGGCCAGCCAGGACCCAAGCAAGAAUGGAAAACUCACUGCCGCCGAGCGUCGAGAGCGCCAAAAGAUGCGUGAGGUGUUAAUGCAGACUUGGGAUGACUGCGACCUGACCGAUAUCCUAACCCAGCAGCAAGGUGACACCAAGAGCCUGAAGGGGGCGUACCUCAAGGUCGCUAGCCUUGCGACGAAAAUUGUGGAGCACCCGAAGUUCUCGCUCUUUGUCACAGGGGUGAUCUGUUUGGCAGGCCUCAUGGUGGGCCUACAAACUUCUCCAGAGGUGAUCGACGUGCUCGGUGCAGUGCUAAAUGGGUUAGAUUCGGCCAUUCUUGCUGUGUUUACUGCCGAAGUGAUUUUGAAAAUCCUCGCCGAAGGGCUCGAGCCUUGGGAGUAUUUCCGCACAGCUUGGAACGUGUUCGACUUCAUCAUCGUCGUGGGUAGCUUUACAAAGGGAACGGGCGGUAUGCUUACUAUGCUGCGACUGCUACGUCUGCUGCGCGUCCUGAAGCUCGUACGAGCAUUUCCUCAGCUACAGGUCAUUGUGUCUGCCUUGAUCAAGGGUGUGGGCUCCAUCGGUUAUAUCGGACUGAUCCUUUUGCUUUGCUUCUACGUCUUUGGUAUCGUGGGCAAUAUGUUAUUCGCCAACAACGAUCCAUUCCACUUCCAGUACUUGCACUUUGCGAUGUUAACACUCUUCCAGUUGGCCACCAUGGAUGGUUGGAGCGACGUGCUGUACAUUAACUACUACGGUUGCGAUCUAUACGGCUACGACGGGUAUCGCGCUCUAGGCUACGACUGCGAGCCCGAAGCGUUCGGAUUCUUGGCUGUGCUCUACUUUUGCUGCUUUAUCAUUUUGGGAGGCAUGGUGCUCAUCACGCUAUUCAUCGGUGUGGUGACCACCAGUAUGGAAGAAGCCACGCAGGAGAUGGCGGCCGAAAAGGAGUUGAUCCGCCGCGUUGAGGCUCUGCGCGAGCAGCACAACAUUGACAGCAAGGUCGUGUCCUCGUACAUGCAAGUGUUCCGCAUGCUGGAUCUGGAUGGGAGCGGGUCCGUUGAAGAAGCCGAGCUGCGUACUGGACUAGCAGCGAUCGGCAAGUACCCAACCUACGAGGAACUUAAGGAGAUGAUGGAUGUUGUGGAUGAAGACGGCAGUGGACAGAUCGACAUCGUCGAGUUCGUCGAGUUCAUGAUCCACGUGCGCGAAAAAUCGAACCAACAACACGCUGCACGACUGGCUGCAGAGGCAGAGGAAGCUCCUGCCGAUGUCGCGUCGUUCGUCAUGGCUCCAAGCCGCUCGUGGUCGUCUCCUCGACCCUGGUUAUCAUCGCGGAGCACACCAGGCAGCAACGUUAUGCCCUAUCGAUCAGACAACGACUCUCAGGAUGAUGCACAAGCAAGAACCCCGGGUAUCCCGAUUGAAAUUGAGGCACCUUCGUUGGAUGAAGGAAGUGAGACGGCACUGUUACCUCAACCAACUUCAGCUCGACCGCGCUCUGGUCGUGUGACGAGUAAAAUUCUCCCGUCCGGUUGA